AUGGCCACUGCUAAGAUAAGGCAUCAAAAAAGGUCUUCUCUUCGACGUCUCAGAGCAAAGAAUUUCCUUUUAAAUAUUUCACUUGAUGGCAAUCAUUCAAGCACAAAUUUUGUAUUUCAUCAUUGGAAAUCCUCAAAACACAAAGAUGACGACCGAGUAGCUGUAGUAGAUGUAAGAGACGAAGAAUUGUGUAUUCGACCAACACAAAUUUCGGAUGUCGGUGUCAGUGAGGAAUCCACGACGGACGUCGUUGCAGAUGAUAAUAAAAGCAGCGCUGAAACACCGAAAAAAUCACGCCCAAGGUCGUCAACUAUUCAUCGCAUAUGUGAAGAACAGUCUGAAGAUAAAGUAGAAGAAAAUGAGGUUCCAUCUGGUGGUUUUGACAGGUUUUCAAAUCGAUGGAGGGCUGGGUCCUACUCUGGGGAUGCCAAGGAAAGGUCGAGUUUCCGCAAACGGUUGGCUCAGCUGGCAGAAACUGCACCGGGGCUAAUAGAUGCUAUACAUGAAAAAAUAGAUCGGUCCCUCAGUCGGCACUCAGGCUCAGUCUCAGGGGAGUCAUUUGAGUCACAAGAGCAUGAAGUGAAGUUUAUCUCACCUGACAGUCGACGUAGAGUGAAAAAUGCCAGAGUUAUAAUUGUUACAAACAACAAGGCUCCUGUUGCUAUCACUUCAACGAUCCCGUCUUACAAAAAGACGAGUACAUUUGCAACAUUUGGCAGUCAGCUGGAUGCCCUUGUUGAGGGGCCGGUGUUGAUGGCCCUCCACCGUAGCCGUCACCCCUCAGGCACGAGGUCUGUCAGCUCCACUGAGGACAUGUUCCUGCUGGGACAGAAGAUCGUGCGGGGAGAUGAUGCACCAGACGUAUCAUACAGUGAACUCCUGGAGCCCUCCAAAGCCACCCUGCUGCGUCGUGUGUCCUCUGAGUCCAAACUGACUUCACCGGACACUACUACAGGGCGGGUGUACAAUCGCAGUCUCUCAGAGGACCCAUACAUGCACUCGGCAAGGGGGUCUCUCGCGUCCUCCGCCCUCAACAGAGUCAUUGAGGAGGAGGAUGUGACCUAUGACCCCAAUCUCCUUGAUGACCCAGAACUGCAGUCUGGUGGAUACCGAACUGUCCUGAACUUUUCUUCAUAUAUGACCUCUGUGAUAGACUAUGUGAAACCUUCAACAUUGAAGAAAGAGCUGAAUGAAAAAUUCAAAGAUAAAUUCCCAAAUAUACAGCUAUCACUGACAAAGUUUAGAAGUUUGAAGAAAGAAAUGAGGAGUAUAGGUCAUAUCAAGUGCAGUAUAGAUCUAUGGACAGUAGCACAGGCCUAUGUCUUCUUUGAGAAGCUUAUAUUAAAGUUAUUGAUCUCCAAAUUGAACCGGAAGCUGUGUGCAGGGGCGUGUCUGAUCCUAUCUGCUAAACUUAACGAUCUCAAGGGACCAGAACUGACCAAACUACUCAGCCAAAUUGAGGAUGAUUUCCGUCUCCAUCGCAAGGAGAUGCUGGCCUAUGAGUUUGCGACGCUGGUUGCGCUAGAGUUCUCCCUCCUGAUCCCCGACAGCGAGAUCUACCCACACUAUCAGCGCCUUCUGUACCAGUCUUGACAGCAAGAUCUACCCACUCUAUCAGCGCCUUCUGUACCAGUCUUAAUAAUGACAGCGAGAUCUACCCACACUAUCAGCCCCUGCUGUACCAGUCUAGACAGUAAGAUCUACCCACUCUAUCAGCGCCUUCUGUACCAGUCUUGACAGCAAGAUCUACCCACACUAUCAGCGCCUUCUGUACCAGUCUUGACAGCAAGAUCUACCCACACUAUCAGCCCCUGCUGUACCAGUCUAGACAGCAAGAUCUACCCACACUAUCAGCGCCUGCUGUACCAGUCUUGCCAGCAAGAUCGACCCACACUACCAGCGCCUGCUGUACCAGUCUAGACAGCAAGAUCUACCCACACUAUCAGCGCCUUCUGUACCAGUCUUGACAGCAAGAUCUACCCACACUAUCAGCGCCUUCUGUACCAGUCUUGACAACAAGAUCUACCCACACUAUCAGCGCCUUCUGUACCAGUCUAGACAGUAAGAUCUACCCACUCUAUCAGCGCCUUCUGUACCAGUCUAGACAGCAAGAUCUACCCACACUACCAGCGCCUUCUGUACCAGUCUAGACAGCAAGAUCUACCCACACUAUCAGCGCCUUCUGUACCAGUCUUGACAGCAAGAUCUACCAUCACUAUCAGCGCCUUCUGUACCAGUCUAGACAGCAAGAUCUACCCACACUAUCAGCGCCUUCUGUACCAGUCUAGACAGUAAGAUCUACCAUCACUAUCAGCGCCUGCUGUACCAGUCUAGACAGCAAGAUCUACCCACACUAUCAGCGCCUUCUGUACCAGUCUUGACAGCAAGAUCUACCCACUCUAUCAGCGCCUUCUGUACCAGUCUUAAUAAUGACAGCAAGAUCUACCCACUCUAUCAGCGCCUGCUGUACCAGUCUUGACAGCAAGAUCUACCCACACUAUCAGCGCCUUCUGUACCAGUCUUGACAGCAAGAUCUACCCACACUAUCAGCGCCUUCUGUACCAGUCUUGACAGCAAGAUCUACCCACACUAUCAGCGCCUGCUGUACCAGUCUUGACAGCAAGAUCUACCCACUCUAUCAGCGCCUUCUGUACCAGUCUUAAUAAUGACAGCAAGAUCUACCAUCACUAUCAGCGCCUUCUGUACCAGUCUUGACAGCAAGAUCUACCAUCACUAUCAGCCCCUGCUGUACCAGUCUAGACAGCAAGAUCUACCCACACUAUCAGCGCCUUCUGUACCAGUCUUGACAGCAAGAUCUACCCACACUAUCAGCGCCUUCUGUACCAGUCUUGACAGCAAGAUCUACCCACACUAUCAGCGCCUUCUGUACCAGUCUAGACAGUAAGAUCUACCCACUCUAUCAGCGCCUUCUGUACCAGUCUUGACAGCAAGAUCUACCAUCACUAUCAGCGCUUGCUGUACCAGUCUAGACAGCAAGAUCUACCCACACUACCAGCGCCUUCUGUACCAGUCUUGACAGCAAGAUCUACCCACACUAUCAGCGCCUUCUGUACCAGUCUAGACAGUAAGAUCUACCCACACUAUCAGCGCCUUCUGUACCAGUCUUGACAGCAAGAUCUACCCACACUACCAGCGCCUUCUGUACCAGUCUUGACAGCAAGAUCUACCCACACUAUCAGCGCCUUCUGUACCAGUCUUAAUAAUGACAGCAAGAUCUACCCACACUACCAGCGCCUUCUGUUCCAGUCUUGACAGCAAGAUCUACCCACACUAUCAGCGCCUUCUGUACCAGUCUUGACAGCAAGAUCUACCCACACUAUCAGCGCCUUCUGUACCAGUCUAGACAGUAAGAUCUACCCACUCUAUCAGCGCCUUCUGUACCAGUCUUGACAGCAAGAUCUACCCACACUAUCAGCGCCUUCUGUACCAGUCUUAAUAAUGACAGCAAGAUCUACCCACUCUAUCAGCGCCUGCUGUACCAGUCUUGACAACGAGAUCCCACACUGUCAGCGUCUUCUGUUCCAGUCUUGACAGCAAGAUAUACCAUCACUAUCAGCGCCUGCUGUACCAGUCUAGACAGAAAGAUCUACCCACACUAUCAGCGCCUUCUGUACCAGUCUAGACAGUAAGAUCUACCCACACUAUCAGCGCCUUCUGUACCAGUCUUGACAGCAAGAUCUACCCACACUAUCAGCGCCUUCUGUACCAGUCUAGACAGUAAGAUCUACCAUCACUAUCAGCGCCUU